AUGGACCCCACAGCCUCGCCUCCAAUUUCACAAUCAAUGGAUCAUAAUUCUUCUGCACGCUUCUCCGCCGCCUCCGCCGAUAUUGACUCAUCUUCGUACGCCGACGCACCUGAUCUCCCCUCCACUUCAAUCCCUAGCCCUCCCAGAAAAUUCGAUAGUCAGUGUGCUAAUGCAUAUUAUUUGGCAUUUGAUGGGGAUACUCUUUCAAGUUCUAAUGAGACUGCCUGGAAGAAUCCGACUGCUAUGGUUCUUGUUCAAGAUUUUAACUGUGCAUUGCAAGAGAAUUUUCUUCUUCAGGGCCACAUGUACCUCUUUGACCGUUAUAUCUGCUUUUAUUCCAACUUAUUUGGAUUUGAGACGAAGAAAAUCAUCCCAUUUCAUGAAGUCACGUUUAUAAGGAGAGCAAAGGUAGCAGCUAUCUUCCCUACUGCAAUAGAAAUAACAGCUGGAGGGCAGAAGUAUUUCUUCACCUCAUUUUUAUCCCGUGAUGAAGCUUUCAAGCUCAUUAAUGAUGGCUGGUUGCAGCAUAGCAAUGGGUCUAAAGAAAUUACAGAUCAGCAGGAUUCGAAGUCUGAGAAUGGUAGCCAAGAGAAUAUGAGUGCCAUAGUUGAAAAAUCUGAGAGUUGCAGUCAAUCUGUGGACAAUCUGGAUAUCAUUGAAAGGGAUAAGAAUGUUCCCAUGACUGAAGAUUCUAAACUCUCAGUUAAUGGUGAACCUGAAACUGUGUCCACAUCUUCAGGAGUGCAAACUAAUGAGGUAGAGGAUGUAGAAGUUGCUCAAAGUAUUGAGUGUUCAUCUUCUGGAAAAUCUUCUGUUUGGGAGCAGGAGGAUUCUGAUGCACCUGGAGUUCCUGAAUGCUACACGAUGGUUGCCGAAUCAAAGUUUCCGAUAGAUGUUGAGGAGUUUUUUCAUCUGUUCGUUUCAGAUGAUAGUGUUAGUUUUCAGGAGUCCUUCCAUGAAAAAUGCGGUGAUAAAGAUUUCAAAUGUACUUCAUGGCGUCCGCAUGAAAUAUAUGGGCACACCCGUGAUGCAUCAUUUCAACAUCCAAUUAAACUAUAUUUUGGUGCGAGAUUUGGUAGCUGUCAGGAGGUUCAGAAAUAUCGAGUUUACAAGAACUGUCACUUGGUUGCUGAAACUUCACAAGAGAUCAGUGAUGUACCAUAUGGGGAUUAUUUUCGAGUUGAGGGGCGAUGGGAUGUGGAGAGAGAUGGCAGUGAUUCGAAACCUGGCUGCAUAUUGAAGGUUUACAUCCAUGUGGCCUUUUCCAAGAAAACCAUGUGGAGAGGGAAGAUAGUGCAGUCUACAUUGGAAGAGUGCCGGGAAGCUUAUGCCAUUUGGAUAGAUCUUGCACACGAGUUGUUGAAGAAGAAGAACCUUGAAAAGGAAGAAGCUGUCAGUCUUCCAUCGAACUUGAUACCAAAUGGUCAAAUUAUAUUAAAAGAGCAUGGAAGCACUGAGAAAUGUGUUUCAGAGAGAGCAAGUGAUGCAAACAUAUCCAAAAGGUUGCCCAACUUGAAUGAUGUGAACCAAAAAAUCACCAAUGCCCAGCAAAUAAAUCAUAGUGGCUCUGCAUCAGUUGGAUCCUCGUUAAAAGAUUCCUUUGCGAAAUUCUGUACGUCUUUGAAAUGUCAAAGCACGCCUUCCCUAAUUCUGGUCAUCACGGUUGCUGUGAUUCUCCUUUUAAUGCAGAUUAGCAUUCUCGUGUUAUUGAGUCGACCUCAGCGGAUCCACCUGAUUCCUCAAGCAGAUGGCAUGAGCGGCAUGCACAGAGGGGGAGAUAGAGCGGAAACACUCGGCUUGCUUGAUAGGCAAAUGAAAAUUCUCAAGGAGGAGAUGCACGUGGUCGAGGCUUUACUUGAGAAAAUGCAGCAUGAGCAUACUCUAUUGAAAAGAAAGUUGAAAGACUUGGAGAUCUCAAGAAACAGACAGUAAUGACAGAAAAAAUUGUACAUCAGCAACUGUAUAUGAGUACCUUCACUCUUUGAGCUUGCUCUUUCAUGUACUAGUCCACGUGCACAUCUGAAUACACAUUUUUACAAAACAGGAACUCCAUGCUGUUUGGGCAAACAAAUGGGGUACUUAUUUUCACACACAAGUACAUAGAGAUAUACUUUCAAAAAGUAGCUUUUAAGUUCGGCCAGACACGGAUCGACUUAUAUUUGAAUGGAAAUUACCAUUAGAAAAA